GCCUGGUCCUCAGAAGACGGGCAGCUGCAUGCAGAGGCGAUCAGGACGCACGUGGGCAAGGUCAAGACCUUGCUUACCAUGGGCAAGGAGGUUCACGAGGUGGCACUGGAGCAAGCUUCGAAGGCCGCCCUGAAGCUCAAGGACUCCAGCAAACUCUUUUCUUCCGGGGAAGGCAGCAAGCAGAAGGUCCAAUCGGUCGCCCAGAAGGCGCAGACAGUCAAGGAGACGGCCUCGGCCG